AUGAGGCUCUCUCUGCCCUUCAUUGCGUUCUGCGCAGUCCCAGCCGCCGUGGGCCUUGCUAUCCCAGACGAUCCCUUCGAGAUUAAGCAUCAUGACCACAAGGACCAUGAUCACCAUGAUCCUGACUUGGUCAAGCACCAUCACAAGGACCACAGGCAUAAGCACAAGCAUCUCCAUCCCCAUGAGCAUGUCCACAUUACCAAGCACAAGCAUCCCAUCAAGCCUUGCGCUGUCCUCACUGAGCAUAAGACUUGCAAGCUUUUCCACUAUGCCACCAAGGACGUCGAGGAGCUUAUUCAUGCUGUCCAGACCUAUGACUGCGGCAAUGAUGCGCACUGUUGGCAUAAAAUUGUUCGCCGGAUCUACCUCCUUGAGCACGGGCUGGAUGCCUUUGACAAGUACAUUGACAGCACCACUCUUAAGAAGUGCUUCAGCUGUGGAAACGACUCUCCUGUCGUUGGCUGCUACCUUCAUUAUGCCGAUGCUCUGAUCCGCCUCCUCAAGCUCUUGAAGCACCAGAGCAAGCCUCUGGAUGGUGAGGUUGAACGACCUGUCCUCACUGCCAUCAACAGUCUUCGUGUUUCCAACUAUGCCUUGACUUAUGAGAUCGGUCGCCGCGUUGAGUGCAAGAAGAGCCUCAAGAUCAUCAUGUCCAAGCAGGGUGCCAACGAUGGCUCUACCAAAGGCAGUGUCCAGGCGGCCUUUGAAAAGUUCCCCUACACUCCUUUGAUCACAGGCGAGAACUUCAAGGACGGGGCCUCGCUGGAUAAGACCCACGGGAAGGAGGAUUCCGAGGGUGAUGGAGAGCACAAGCGCAAGAAGGUGCACAAGCACUACCACAACCAUCACCACGGGCACAAGCAUGGCCACAAGCACGGCCACGGACAUGGCCACCUCCACAGACAUGGUCACUACCAUGGACAUAAGCAUGGCCACAAGCACGAGGAUGAGCAUCACUACGAGCACAAGCAUGAGGAUAAAGAUCCGGACCAUGAGCAUAAGUAUGACCAUGAGCACGAGGAUCCCCACCAUCAUCACGAUGAGGUUCGUUUCAACGACAGGGAUCCUAUCUCUUCUGACAAGAACGAUCACUGA